AUGCAUUUACUCAUUCUAGGCGGAACGCACUACGUUGGGCGCCUUGUCGCAGAACAGGCUUUGGCCCGCGGCCACCAAGUCACUGUUUUCAAUCGUGGCAACAAGCCAGCACCGGCCGGAGCACGAGUUUUAAUCGGCGAUCGUCUUGCCGAGAAUAGCUACGCUGCUCUUGAUGGUCUCACUUUCGAUGCCGUCAUCGACACUUGGGCCCUCGACACCUCUGCGGUGAAGCAGGCCAUCGCAGCCCUCCAGGGUCGCAUGGAGCACUACGCCUUUGUCUCUAGCAUCAGUGUCUACGACCACAAGGCCGCGCCGGCCCCCUACGACGAGACGUCGCCCGUCCUCGACAUGGACAGGACGCCAGUCCGGUACUGCAAGGACAAGCUCGGCUCGGAGCGCGAAGCGGCCGCGUCGGGUGUGCCGACGCUCAUCGUCCGACCGGGGCUGAUUGUCGGGCCCGGCGAGAGCACGCCCGGGAGGCUGCCCUGGUGGCUACGGAGGAUGGAGCGCGGCGGUCCGACGUUGGCGCCGGGGCCGGAGGACCUGGCUCUGCAAUUCAUCGACGGGCGCGAUCUGGCCGCAUUUCUGCUCGACGGCGCAGAGCGCAAGCUGCACGGCAUUUUUGACGCCGUCUCGAGCCCUGGUUAUAUUACGCUGGCAGGGCUCCUGGAGGCUGCCAACGAUGCUGCGGGCGGCAGGGCCUCGCUGCACUGGGUGGACGGCGACGAUGUGGCAAAGGCGAUUGCUGGAAAGAGGAUGGAAAUACCAAUGUGGUUUCCCAAGGGAUAUGCCUCUAUAUUCCAGAGUACCGGCAAAAAGGCAGCUGCAGCUGGAUUGAAAAUACGACCCUCUCUGGACACUAUCAGAGAUACGUGGGAAUGGGUGAAUAGAACGGGUUGGAAAAUCGGAGAUGGCCCUGCUGGUGUUCCUGAAGAUGUCGAAGCUGCUAUUCUUAGGCAGUGCGGCGCAGUGAGCAAAGAAUAG